AACACAGUUUAAGUUUACAGUUCAAGAAAAAUGUUGAAAGUUUUGGUUUUUGUUAUCCUUGGGAUAAUUGCUGAACAUAUUUCUGAAUUCCUCGCAGAGGAUACAAAAAUUGUAGGUGGAAAGGAGGUGGAAAUAAAAAAUGCACCGUUUAUUGUCGCUCUUAUGUCAAACGGAAGACAUCUCUGUGGAGGAAGUAUAAUCUCAAAAAACUUUAUUUUAACAGCGGCACAUUGUACAAUAUCAAGCAAACCUAAAGAAUUGACAAUUCAAUCAGGUUCUAGCCACAAAGGAAAUGGUGACAUUAAUUAUGUUUCUCACAUUUACAAUCAUCCACAAUAUAAGGAAAUCAAUUUUGACUACGAUUUUGCUUUGCUAAAGAUCUUUGGAAAAAUGUUUUACAAUGAAAAUCGAAAAGCAAUCAUGUUACCUGAUGAAGAUGAUGAAACACCUGCGGGCGAAUAUGCAAGAGCUUUAGGGUGGGGCAAUACGAUGAAUCCAUUGGAAUCUUCAGAUUACUUACGAGGAGUUGAUCUCAUGAUUAUAAGUUAUGAUGAAUGUAAAGAAGCAUAUAAAGUAUAUGGACUCGAAGUUGAACAUAACAAAGUUUGUGCAAUUCAUCCCGACAGAGUUGAUGGAAAAGAUUCGUGCCAAGGUGAUUCUGGUGGUCCACUUCAACGUCUAAGUGAUGGAAAGUUAAUUGGAGUUGUUUCAUUUGGGCUUGGAUGUGCAAAUGUGGAAUAUGCUGGCGUUUAUUCGAGGGUAUCAUCUGUCAGACCAUGGAUUAAAAGUAUCGCUCAUGUUUAGUUUGACAAUUUUAAUGUGUAAUUAAUUCAAAGCUCAUUUGAGAACUGAAUAAAGAAAAUUCUUCAAAUUUCUAGCAAAUAUAAA